CCUUCCCUUUUCCAAAAAGAAGUGCUCCAAGGAGGAGGUUAUUUCGUGAAAAAUCUCAAAGCCAUGCUGCAGGGACCAGUGUCAUUCAAGGAUGUGACUGUGGACUUCACCCAGGAGGAAUGGCAGCACCUGGACCCCGCGCAGAAGGCGCUCUACAGGGAUGUCAUGCUGGAAAACUACUGUCAUCUCCUCUCUCUGGGGUUUCACAUGACUAAGCCUGAUAUGAUCUGCAAGUUGGAACAAGGAGAAGAACUGUGGACAACAGAGAGAAUUUUUUCAAGUCAGUGCAACCUAGAAGGAGAUGGGAAAGCUGAAGAUGUUUUAGUGAAGUUCAAAGACUACCAAGACAGCCAUAGAUCAGUCAUACUCAUCAACCACAAAAGACUAAGUAAGGACAGAAGUAAUAUUUGGGGGAGAGCACUUACUGUAGGCAAGAAUCAUAUUACUUCAAAAACAACACUACAUGACUAUAAAUCUGAUGACACAUUUUUGAAAAAUAUUUCAGAAUUAGUCAUUAGAAAUAUAAGCCCUAUGAAAGAGAAAUUUGGUGACGGUAAUGGAUGGGAGAAACUGCUCCUCUCUGCUAAUGAGAAAGUUCAUACUGCAGUAACUCUUUAUAAACAAACAGAAAGGAGUCUAAAUGGUAAACAAGAGUUUACUCAGCAUCAGAAGUUUCAAAUGCCAGAGCAAUCAUUUGAAUAUAAUGAGUGUGAAAAAUCCAUCCUCAUGAAAGGAAUGUUAUUUACACAUUCUAGAAGUCACCGAGGAGAAAGAACCUUGGAGUAUAAUAAAGAUGGAAUAGCUUUCAUCAGAAAGUCAAACCUCAGUGUCCAUCCACAAAUUAUGGAGAAGAAGCCCCAUGUUUACAGCAAAUAUGGGAAAUUCCUCUACAGGAAGCCAAUUUUUAUACAUCAGAGAUCGCAAUUAGAAGAGAAGCCCUUUCAGUGUUCUUACUGUGGAAAUAGAUUUAGAAGAAAAUCAUAUCUCAUUGAACAUCAGCGAAUACACACAGGCGAAAAACCUUACGUUUGCAGUCAGUGUGGAAAAGCUUUCCGUCAGAAGACAGCACUCACACUUCACGAGAAAACACAUCUAGAAGGGAAACCUUAUAUGUGUUUAGAUUGUGGGAAAUCCUUCCGUCAAAAAGCAACUCUUACCAGACAUUACAAAACCCAUACAGGAGAGAAAGCCUAUGAAUGUACGCAGUGUGGGAGUGCUUUUAGAAAAAAGUCAUACCUCGUUGACCAUCAGAGAACUCACACAGGAGAGAAACCAUAUCAGUGUAAUGAAUGUGGAAAAGCAUUUAUCCAGAAGACUACCCUCACCGUACACCAGAGAACUCACACAGGAGAGAAGCCUUACGUUUGUAACGAAUGUGGGAAAUCCUUCUGUCAAAAAACAACCCUCACUCUCCAUCAAAGAAUCCAUACGGGAGAAAAACCUUAUAUAUGUAAUGAAUGUGGAAAAUCCUUCCGCCAGAAGGCAAUCCUUACUGUUCAUCAUAGAAUACAUACAGGAGAGAAAUCUAAUGGGUGUCCUCAGUGUGGGAAAGCCUUUAGUAGGAAAUCAAACCUCAUUCGUCAUCAGAAAACCCACACAGGAGAAAAACCGUAUGAAUGUAAACAAUGUGGAAAGUUUUUCAGUUGUAAGUCAAACCUCAUUGUUCAUCAAAAAACUCACAUAGUAGAAACCAGGGGAAUUCAGUAAAGGAUGUUAAGAACUUUAAAAAAUCAUGAUAAACCCUAUACAUGAUGUUGCUUGCAAGUAUUAUGAUAAUAAUAAUAAUGUUUUAUGCCAUAUAUUUACCCACUGUUUGCUAGCCUAAAACAUAUAAAGAAUUAUAUUAUAAAUACCAUUGAAAAUGCAAAU